AUGGCCGCGUGUGGUGGUGGUGGUACUAAUGCCGGCGCGGUUGCUGGAGCGGCGGGCGCGGGGUCGCCGUGCGGGGCGUGCAAGUUCCUUCGACGGCGGUGCGUGCAGGAGUGUGUCUUUGCGCCAUACUUCAGCACCGACCAGGGCGCGGCGCGGUUCGCCGCCAUCCACAAGGUCUUCGGCGCCAGCAACGCUGCCAAGCUGCUCGCCCACCUUCCCGCCACCGACCGCUGUGAGGCCGUCGUCACCAUCACCUAUGAGGCCCAGUCGCGGCUCCGCGACCCUGUCUACGGCUGCGUCGCACAGAUCUUCGCGCUCCAGCAGCAGGUGGCGAUCCUGCAGGCGCAGCUGAUGCAGGCCAAGGCGCAGCUGGCGUGCGGCGUGCAGAGCACCACCUCGCCAAUGAGCCACCAGCAGCAGUGGCCGGACAGCAGCAGCAUCGCCGCCAUGCUCCGGCAGCAGGACGCUAACAGCGGCGGCUUCGGCGGCGGCGCCGCGCUUCUGCCGGAGCUCAUGGGCGGAGACGUCUCCAUGUCGAUGAUGCAGCAACAUUGCGGCGUCAAGACGGAUGCCGGGGAGCUCCAGUACCUAGCCCAGGCCAUGAUGCAAAGCUCCAACUACUCCCAGUAG